AUGACACUUUUGUCCGAAGACCAAUCUGCCAGGCCCCAGCCUUGCCGGGUCGCGGAGCCCACCAAGCAUACGAGCUCUCUGCAUCAGAACUCAAAGGAUUUGACUGGCUCCAAAGAAUACUUCAUGGACAGUGCAGAGGGCGCCAUUUUCGGGGCAGUGGAGCCCCCAAGGCGCUCGCGGGGGCGCCUGAUUCUCCAUGGCUUGGUCAUGUUCGGACGGGAAUUCUGCUACGCCGUGGAAGCGGCAUUUGUCACGCCCGUGCUACUAAGCGUGGGCUUGCCGCGCAGUAUGUACAGCUUGGUGUGGUUGAUAAGCCCCAUCCUGGGUUUCCUGCUGCAACCCGUUAUCGGCUCGGCCAGCGACUACUGCCGCUCAACGUGGGGGCGGCGAAGGCCAUACAUCCUGACCCUGGGCCUCCUCAUGCUGGUGGGCAUCACCCUGUUCCUCAAUGGAGAUCUGGUCAUCUCAGCGCUAUUAGCUGACAGGUCGACGCGGCGAACGUGGGCCAUAGUUGUGGUGAUGCUCGGCGUGGUGCUCUUUGACUUUGCCGCCGACUUCAUCGAUGGGCCCAUCAAAGCCUACCUAUUUGACGUGUGCUCCUACCAGGACAAAGAGAGAGGACUCCACUACCAUGCUCUGCUCACAGGUCUCGGCGGAGCGUUUGGCUACCUCGUGGGUGCAAUGGAUUGGGGUCACUCCAUCCUGGGCCAGCUACUGGGCUCAGAGUACCAAGUCAUCUACUUCUUCUCAGCGCUCACCUGGAGCAUCUUCCUUACCGUGCACCUCUUCAGUAUUCCGGAAAUGCCCUUGGCGAAGGCGGCGGCCCAUGGACCCUCAGCACUGAGCGCACUGAGGCAGCUGGGUUCCCCGCAAAACGGCUAUGGAGCGUUGGGUAAAGAAGAUGAGGACCCCCGGUUGCUCUCAAUACCGGAUGUCAGACAAAGGUCUUUCUCUGCUCUCGGGGAGGCCAAUGCUGUCACAUCUAGUGCCAAACAGCCCAACAAGGUGGCCAGUGAGAGGAUGACAUUGAAGUCGUUGCUGAAAGCUAUCAUCAGCAUGCCCAGCCACUACCGCUCCCUAUGUAUCAGUCACUUGCUGGGAUGGGCGGCAUUUCUCUGCAACAUGCUCUUCUUCACUGACUUCAUGGGACAGAUUGUCUACAAGGGGGACCCGUAUGCAGAGCACAACUCCACUGCCUAUGCUACAUAUGAGCGUGGUGUGGAAAUCGGCUGCUGGGGCUUGUGUAUCAAUGCAGUGUCAUCGGCUCUUUUCUCCUAUGUGCAGCGCUUCCUGCUGCCCUACCUGGGGCUGAAGGGUUUGUACUUCAUGGGUUACUUUGUGUUCGGCCUGGGCACCAGCCUCAUCGGCCUCUUUCCCAACGUCAUCACUACACUCGUCCUGUGCAGUGUCUUUGGCGUCAUGUCCAGCACCCUCUACACUAUCCCCUUCAAUCUCAUCGCAGAGUACCAGCGUGAGGAGGAGGAGGAAAUGAAUCGCCACGGGGGAGGCAAGUUGGCACGGGGCACGGGGGUUGACUGCGCAGCCCUCACCUGCAUGGUGCAACUGGCCCAGAUCUUGGUGGGCGCAGGCCUGGGUGCCUUGGUCAACGCGGUCGGCAGUGUGGUGGUGGUGGUCCUCUCUGCUUCCACUGUGUCCCUGCUGGGCUGCAUCUUCAUCGCACUCGCUGUUAGAUACGUGGAAUGA